UGCGCGCGCUCGAAGGCAACAGGAGUGGAACGGGAUUCGGAUGGAAAUAGAAAAGACGACCAUGGAAGUUGCAGGGAGCAGGGUCAACAGCAUAGCAAAAAAAUGGACCCUCAAUGGAACCACAGCUUUGGUCACUGGAGGCACCAAAGGAAUUGGGCAUGCCAUAGUUGAAGAAUUAGCAGGAUUUGGAGCAACUGUACACACAUGUUCCAGGAAUGAAGCAGAGCUCAGCAAAUGCCUGGAACAAUGGAAAAGUCUGAACAUUCAUGUCACUGGAUCAGUUUGCGAUGUCUCAAAGCGAGCCGAAAGAGAGAAACUAAUGGAGGGUGUCCGUUCCAUUUUCCAGGGGAAACUCAAUAUCCUUGUUAACAAUGCAGGGACAGGCAUUGUGAAGGCAGCUGUGCAUUUCACUGCUGAAGAGUAUUCCUUUCUUAUGGCUACCAACCUGGAAUCAGCUUUCCAUCUGAGCCAACUAGCUCACCCUCUUCUGAAGGCAUCGGGGGCGGGCAGCAUCGUCUUCAUCUCCUCAGUUGCAGGGGUUGUAGCCCUGCCAACUUUAUCCAUUUAUGCAGCAACUAAAGGAGCGCUGAAUCAGCUCACAAAGAACCUGGCUUGUGAGUGGAUAAAAGACAAUAUCCGAGUGAACUGUGUUGCUCCAGGGUUCAUCCGGACCCCACUCGUACAGUCUGUACUUGAAGACAAAGAAGCCACAGCAAGAGAAGUCUCCCGCAUACCCAUGGGGCGUGUGGCAGAACCAGAGGAGGUGGCAUCUCUUGUGUCGUUCCUAUGCCUGCCUGCUGCUUCCUAUAUCACGGGUCAGGUUAUUUGUGUUGACGGAGGUCGGACUGUGAGUGGCUUCUAAGGAGAAAAACAACACUACUGGAAAGUUUAUGUGCUCUAUCCUCAAUUAAUAUUAAUGCUGUCCAGUUCCUCUAAUGGCCUAGAGUGGUGAUGCUUAGGAUAGGUUGUCAGAGAGCUUUGUUUUGUUAUGUAGUUUUCAGCCAUGGAGAGCCAAGGCAAUUUCUAGAGCCUUGAGAAUAAAUGUGACGAUAUUUGGCUAUUCUGAAUUGAUGAAUUCAUAUAAAUUAAAGCACUGAUGGCCUGGGCCAAUGUGCUUA